AUGGUGCUCACUGCGGCCAUAUUUGUUACCAUUCGGCUAGCAACGAGGAUUCAUCUGAAAAAAUUCGGUUGGGAUGAUCUGUUCCUCGUCAUCGCCCUAGCGGCAUCGGUCAUGACAACAAUUGCUGUCAAUUUAGCCGUCGUGCAUGGUUAUGGCAGGCGAAAAGCAGAUAUGGGAGAGGGUAUACAUAUAGCUUUGAAGUGGUUUUUUGUUGCCCAGAUUCCAUAUAAGAUUGCCCUCGGCUUUACCAAAGCUUCUAUCGUCCUCCUUUACCUCCGAGUAUUUAUCACAGAGUCUUUCCAGCGCGUGGGAAAGGGUUUCCUAACCGUCAUCGCCGCAUGGACAGUCGCAUCAGUCCUCGUCACAAUCUUUCAGUGUAUCCCAAUCGAAGCUUCUUGGAACCAUAAUAUCAAAGUCAAACAAUGCGUGGACAAAGAUAGCUGGUGGUAUGCAUUUGCGGGAAUUAACACGGUUACUGACGUUCUGAUCGCCAUUCUCCCCAUUCCCCCAGUUCGCCACCUGAAGCUCUCGAAGCGCGACCGGAUUGGGUUGUGUUUUGUUUUCGGUGUUGGAGCAUUUGUCUGCGUCACUAGUAUCAUGCGUACGGUUGCAGUGUCUCAAACAUCGACUGGCUUAGAUCAAAGCUGGGAUUUCAUCCCUCGCUCAGUCUGGACUCUCGUGGAGUGCAAUAUGGGAAUAAUCUGUGCGUGUCUCCCUAUGAUGCGCCGGCCGCUAAGUUUUCUGUUUCCGUGGCUUUUCAGAGGCUCUUCUCGGAAUGAAUCAGAAAGACUUAGCUAUGUUCCCAUUGAGUUGAGGUAUACAAAUCGCCAACUGCGUCCGCGAGGGAGUCAAAGCCAGGAGGAAAUUCUACAGUCAGAUGUGCGAGAUAAAAGGGCUUUGGCGGCUGAGGAAUAA